AAAUUCCAUUACCCCCAACUCCAUCCUUUUCAUGCCACAACAUUCAAUUCAUCAACCUUCUUCACCACCUUUCCACGUGCCCCUCACGUGCCCCACACCCUCACACCUCUUAUCAAAACCCGCAAUUCACAUCAAUAGGCGCCAUUUCACUUUCUUCAACAAUGGCUUCUCCUCCACCACUCUCCCUAAACGUCAUCGGAUCAGACACAUUCACUCCAUUCUCCACCACCCUCCCACCACCCUCACCUCGCCGUUCAUCCUCUCCGUUACAGAAUCUCAGCCCGAGCAUUCUCAUCAUCAUAACCGUCCUCGCCGUAACCGUCAUCGUCUCCCUCGCACUCUGCUUCCUCCUCCGCCACCUCAACCGCCGCUGCCUCCGCCGUCUCUCCACCUCUCCCUCCACCACCUCAACUCCAAUCUUCACCUCCAGCCGCCGCAUCUCUCCCGAAAUUCCACCUCCUCCUCACGGUGCUGCCUCCGUCAUCGAGACUCUCCCGCUCUUCGCUUUCUCCGCCGUUUCCCGCUCAUCUGCCGCUGACUGCGCUGUCUGCCUCUCGAAGUUCCACCGCGACGACCUCCUCCGUCUUCUCCCUCUCUGCUGCCACGCCUUCCACGCUGAGUGCAUUGAUACCUGGCUCCGAUCUAACCUCUCUUGCCCGCUCUGCCGCUCCGCGAUCUUCGCCUCCGAUUCCGACCUCGCUAAAGUGCUCCGAUCAUCCGAUGUCGCCUCCGGCGACAGCUUCCGCGUCGAGAUAGGUAACAUCAGCCGCCGUGGAACCACCGCACCGGAAACCGUCGCCUCCGGUGACACUCGCGGCGGUGACUCGAGGUCCUAUUCCAUCGGAUCGUUCGAGUAUUUAGUGGAAGAGGAAUCGGAGAUUCCGUUCAGCCACACGCACCGGAGAAAUGUCUCUGACCAGAAGGACAUUCCGGCGGCAGCAGAUUCCACGGCGGCUCCGGCUCAACAUGAAGCGAACCUCGCCGGAGAAGUUGCCGGAGUUCGAAGCUGGUUGAAGGAGUACGUGGAUAGAUUCUCCGCGUCAAUUUCAUCGCGAACGGAGUCGUUUCGGAGUUCUGGAAGAUUCUUCGGCGUUGGCGGGAGUAGUCGCCGGAGCGACGUCGUUCCGAUCGAUGCGGCAGAGUAUGAUGUGGAAGGGAACAGAGUAGGCGAGGAACUCACCGAGAUGUUCCGGUGGCUAUCAGGGGUAUAAUGGUCAAAUCAAACAAGUUUUGGUACAUAAGAUAAGACUUUUUUUUUAAUAUUUUUAAACA